GAGCGGGCGGGCUCUCCUCACACCAGCGCUUCCUCGCGGAGAGGCUGCAACUGCGGCAGCCGCAGGCCUGGCCGCCCCUUCUCGUGGCGCGGGCUUCUCUUCCUCGGUCCGCUCGGGUCCGCUCGCCCCCCGACGCUGACCAGGUGUGUGCCCGACUGUGUCAUGGUAUUUAUCUGAAGUGGGAGUUUGGCAAGAAACUGAAGUUUUGAUCCAAUAUAUUUUGAGUUUGAGACCAGCCAUGUACUAGCAUUUAGAUUCUUUCAUUUGAUUAAGGUAUGGUCUGAAUAUGCGUUGCUUGGCAGCUCGGGUCAACUAUAAAACUUUGAUUAUCAUCUGCGCACUCUUCACUUUGGUCACUGUGCUUUUGUGGAAUAAGUGUUCCAGCGACAGAGCGAUCCAGUUUUCACGGCACUUGAGUAGUGGUUUCAGAGUGGAUGGAUUAGACAAAAGAGCAGCAGCAUCUGAGAGUAACAACUAUGUGAACCAUAUGGGCAAGCAACAAUCUGAGGAGGCAUUUCCUCAGGAACAGCAAAAAGCACCUCCUGUCGUGGGGGGCUUCCAUAGCAAUGGGGGAAGCAAGGUGUUGGGGCUCAAAUAUGAAGACAUUGACUGUCUCAUAAAUGACGAUCACACAAUUAAAGGGAGACGCGAGGGGAAUGAAGUCUUUCUUCCGUUCACUUGGGUAGAGAAAUAUUUUGAUGUUUAUGGAAAGGUGGUGCAGUAUGAUGGCUAUGAGCGGUUUGAAUUCUCUCAUAGCUAUUCCAAAGUCUAUGCACAGAGAGCUCCUUAUCACCCUGAUGGUGUGUUUAUGUCCUUUGAAGGCUACAAUGUGGAAGUCCGAGACAGAGUCAAGUGCAUAAGUGGGGUUGAAGGUGUACCUUUAUCUACACAAUGGGGACCUCAAGGCUAUUUCUACCCAAUCCAGAUUGCACAGUAUGGGUUAAGUCAUUACAGCAAGAAUCUGACUGAGAAACCCCCUCACAUCGAGGUAUAUGAAACAGCCGACGACAGGGACAAAAACAGCAAGCCUAAUGACUGGACCGUGCCAAAAGGCUGCUUUAUGGCUAGUGUAGCUGAUAAGUCUAGAUUCACCAAUGUUAAACAGUUUAUUGCUCCAGAAACCAGUGAGGGUGUAUCCUUGCAACUGGGGAACACAAAAGAUUUUAUUAUUUCAUUUGACCUCAAGUUCUUGACAAAUGGAAGUGUGUCUGUGGUUCUUGAGACCACAGAAAAGAAUCAGCUCUUCACUGUACAUUAUGUCUCAAAUACCCAGCUAAUUGCUUUUAAAGAAAGAGACAUAUACUACGGCAUCGGGCCCAGAACUUCAUGGAGCACAGUUACCAGGGACCUGGUCACUGACCUCAGGAAAGGAGUGGGUCUUUCCAACACAAAAGCUGUGAAGCCAACCAAAAUAAUGCCCAAGAAGGUGGUUAGGUUGAUUGCAAAAGGGAAGGGAUUCCUUGACAACAUUACCAUCUCUACCACUGCCCACAUGGCUGCGUUCUUCGCUGCCAGUGAUUGGCUGGUCAGGAACCAGGAUGAGAAAGGCGGCUGGCCAAUUAUGGUGACCCGAAAGUUAGGGGAAGGGUUCAGGUCUUUAGAGCCAGGGUGGUACUCUGCCAUGGCCCAAGGGCAAGCCAUUUCUACAUUAGUCAGGGCCUAUCUGUUAACAAAAGACCAUGUAUUCCUCAAUUCAGCUUUAAGGGCAACAGCCCCUUACAAGUUUCUGUCGGAGCAGCAUGGAGUUAAAGCUGUGUUUAUGAAUAAACAUGACUGGUACGAAGAAUAUCCAACCACACCUAGCUCUUUUGUUUUAAAUGGCUUUAUGUAUUCUUUAAUUGGGCUAUAUGACUUAAAAGAAACUGCAGGGGAAAAACUCGGGAAAGAAGCGAGGUCUUUGUAUGAGCGUGGCAUGGACUCUCUUAAAGCCAUGCUCCCCUUGUACGACACUGGCUCAGGAACCAUCUAUGACCUCCGUCACUUCAUGCUUGGGAUCGCCCCCAACCUGGCCCGCUGGGACUAUCACACCACCCACAUCAAUCAGCUGCAGCUACUCAGCACCAUUGAUGAUUCUCCGAUCUUCAAAGAGUUUGUCAAGAGGUGGAAAAGCUACCUUAAAGGCAGCAGGGCAAAGCACAACUAGGGCUCAUAACCAAAAUCAUAUUUCAGCCUCUGCUGUACACAAAAACUACGGGCUCUAUCUCAGCAGAGCAUUGGCACGUUUUAAAAGGUCAUACACUAGGUUUUUGUGGGUUACGUGGAGUGUCAGUGAUCCUUAAAACCAGUCUUCUGAGAUAAUUGCAUUCCGUGGGUUGGGUGUUUAGAAAUGUUGGUGGCAUUUAGAACAGAAAUGUGUUUAGUCAAUAGGCUGAACAAAGGUGUUUAACUUUGUCUUGCUAUCACCCUAUGCAGUUCCACAGAUAGUUCCUCUCUGUUUGGGAAAGAUAAUGGUAAGUAGCUAUCGCUGGCCAACUGUCUAGCACUUACCUGAAAACUUAGUAUGGGGUUCUUUUAAAAUGUGAUUAUUUAUAUUUAUGUUGAAAGCAGACUUUUUAAAAAAAUGAUGUGCUGUAAUACAGUAAAUAUGUACUUGUAGCCUGAAUAGUGGACUGUGUGCAACUUUUUUAAAUGAUGUUUCUUUUCUAUAGAUUCAUUUCUUGGGGGCAUAUGGGCAUUUGUUCAAUUUGUUAUAUAUGGAAAAUAUUUUGAAUUUAUGGUUUUCUUGAAAUAUGUAAAUUAAGAACACACCAGUGUUCAGGCUUCACAGUUAUAUGAUGUAAGCACAACUAAAAUGAAACUUGUUGACUGCACAAAAAAUUACAGAAAUGUUGUUUUAUGAAACUUGAUCUACAAUCAGUAAAGUUUUGAUAAUCAGUCGGUCCUUCCCCAUCCCCAUUAUGAUGGUUUCUUUUUUGUCACUAUCUAGAAUUUUGUGUUUCAUUUCAGACGAUACAAGAGUCUUUGGGGAGAGAGGCAUGGUGGUGGUGACCUUUUUUUUGGACAUUACUGGGAAAUUGAAUUAUAAACCUAAACUGGGAAGGAGCUAGUGAUUUUCCUAAGUCCAACAUCAUUGCCCUUAUGGGGUCGCCCCGCCAUAAGGAAACAUACUAGAUGAAAUAUUAGUAUAAGAAUGAGAGCAGGAUUUUUUCCUGUUUAGGUCAUUCUUCAUCAUCAAACCAUUGACUCUGCACAUCAUUGUUUUUUCUUUGCAAUUUUUAGAUUAUUUCAAUUAUUAGAUAGAAGGAUGCUACUACAUUUGCAAUCAGACCUUUAUUUGGGUUUUAUGUCCCACCUCCCAUGAAUAGAUUCCAUAGCCCUCUGACCGUGGGCAGUGUCUGCUGUAGCACAUCAGACAUUAGGUAAAAAACCGAGUUUUAGUAUGACAGUACAGUAAAUGUAAACUGUAACUUCUACAGAAUGGAAAUAUGAGACCCCCAUGCUUUCAGGGCACUGAGUCUGACAAGUACAGUGCAGUUUGUCUAUGACCCACUGUCAGUGUACAUCGGGAACCAGGUGGCAACCUGCCUCCCAUACUAUAGAUCUUAAGUGAACUCAGCCUAGCAACACUACAUAGAAAUCAGAAAAUGUAUACAUGUAUGCAUAUGAUAUAAUCUAUAUAUUAGUGGCAAAGGGGGCAGAAGAACUGUAACUACACUGAGAGUAAGAUUAAGCUGGUCAUAGAAAGGUAAGCUUAAACCCCCAACUUAUGUGAUCACUGUGUUUUGCCUACAACAAAACAGUUGUGGGCUAUUUUAUUUCCCCCUGGCUUUGGACCUUUGUAUUUCUUAUACAUUACCUGUCUCAACAAGAAUAUCUGGAUAACUUCGUAUUUAUUUUCAAUGCCAAUGUUCAAAACCAGCCUUUUUCCAGUCUGGGAACCCUUUCUAUCUUCAUCAUAUUUGUUAUUAUUUAGAUCAGUCCAGACGUCUGCCUCAUGUUUGCAUACUGGUACUUAAGAUUUUAAGAGAGUCAAGGAAAAUAGUUUGGUACUGCUUCUGUGACAAAUAUCAAUCGGUGCCUUAACAAUGUGACUAUCCUUUUCCACUAAAAAAAUGAGACAUUUUGAUCCAGAAAUGGCAUUGCUAUUUCAUUGCUGUUGAUUUCACACUGCCUUCCACAUUGUAACAACAACGUGGUUUUUCUUGUGAUCCCAGAAUUUUCUAAGAGGGUGAGUUGAGCAACUGUCAGUACAAAUCAGUGGUUCUCAAACUUUAGGUUGCCUCGAAUACCCUGGACGAUUAUUAAACUACAGAUCCCAGAUUUUUAGCAAAUCUGCCUGUGAAGCAUGACCCUCUGCGUUUAUAACAAGCAUUCAGGUGAUUUCGAUGCAGGUGAUCUGGGGGCAUAUCUGGUAGAACACUGCCCAAGACCAACCAUUGCAUUUUUGUUCCUAAACACCUGUGAUGUUUUCUAGGGGUUUAAAUCAUCUGAAAUGUUUACUUAUCCUGAGCUUAGAAUGGGGAAGGUAUUUUAAAGUUUUGUUUUUGGUCUUUAUUCUUUGUUUCAAGAUUAUGAGGAUUAGUUUUUUAAACACUUAUCUGGUGUUGGCUUUGAUAUUAAGUUAAAUCUAUUGCCACUUCAGUUGUAAAAACCAGCCAAAAGUUUCCAGAUGAAGGUCAAAUUUGACCCUUUAGGAGUUAUUGUACAUAAAGGCUUCAUCCAAAAACCAUCCAGUGUACGUACGCAGAUACAAAGUGACACACAAGCACAACUCUCCAGAUGUGGCAGUCCUUUUUCUUUGUCUGUACAAAGUUUCACUGAAAGCUGCUAUUUUCAUCCUCGUAAUUGUUUUUCUUGUUUCCUCUCCAUCGUACAUGUGGAUUCUAUACCAUGUGUUAAAUAUGCAAUAAAGUGUUUACUGGAUGCCCUUCUGAAGGGUAGUCCUUUGUAAAACUGUACAGACUUUGCAGUUGAAGCACAAUGUGCACAUGUUAGUUUUAUAUACAGCAAAACUUGAUUUUUUGCAGAUGGAAAGGUAUUUUGUUUCUAUACAAAGUAAAUGGAUUGUUUGUGCUUAAUGUAAAGCUGCUUUAUAAAAUUGUAAAAUAAAGUUUUUAUCGUAAAAGACCUAUAUCUGGGUUAUUCUCUU